AUGUUUUCAAAAGAGAAUAUAGAGUCUCUGCAUUAAGCAAUUGACUUAUCCACUUAAAUCAAAACAUAUCAUUAAAACAUUCCAGUUCAAAACAUUGAAAAAUACAUCCUAUAUAUCGAAGAAUGGUUUAACAGAAAAGAAGAAAAUGAUCAGAAUAAGCCACUAGCAGUAAUUUGUCCAGAUAUUUACCAUGGCUCCACUCUUCUCUCACACUGGAUAAAGUUUCAUGAGGAAAAGGAUAUCAAAACAAACAAAGACAUAAUAAUUUCACACUUUAGUAUCACAAAUCAAAUCGAAAACGAGUAUUGCUACUGUAUUUUUAAAAUUGUUUCUCAAAUCAAGAAUCUAUUUAAUGUUAAGACGAGAAUCCAGACAGACGAAGAAAAAUUAAGGAUGUUUUUUUCAUAUUGGCUUGAUAUUGCAAGCUAGAAAAUAUCUGAAAAAAAUGAUUAAAUGAAGAUUAUUUUAGUAAUUGAUUCCAUUGAUUUUCUGAUUGAUGGUAGUGAGAAUAAAAUUGUUCACACUUUCCUUUGGUUUCCUAAGGUGUUUCCUAAGCAAUUCAAAGUAAUAGUAAGUUGUUCAAGUUCCCACAUAGAUCUUGUUUAAAAUUAUCAAAGCUAAGGAGUUACUCUGCUUAAAGUAGAUUAAUGUAUUCAUUCACUUAGUAGCCAUUUUGAAUAAAAUCAAAUUUAAAAUUUGCAUCCAAGAUUUAAAGAAUCUUUAAUGUAGUAUGAAAAACUAAAACCUAAUAUAAGAAAUGAUCUUGGAUGCAUUAUGGCUUUUAAAACAGCCUUUUUAAAUUAACUUGAGAGUUUGACCAAUUUCGAAGAAGGAGUUGAUAAAAUAGAGCUUUAUUUCGAAAAAGUAGAUGUAAGCAUGGCAAAUUAAUUCUACUAAGCUUAAUCUUUUAUUGAUUUUUGCAUUAAAGUAACAAUGAGUCGAAUCCCUGAAAUAGUUCCAAAUAUUUCAUAUGAGACAAUAAAAAAAAUACUAGGAGUUUUAUAAACAACAAAUAAAGGUCUAAGCAUUCAGGAAGUAGCUGAAGCUACUGAAACAGAGGAGAUAAUAUGUGGCUAAGUGAUUAGUUUAUUCUAUCCUAUUCUUUUAAACAAUGAGGGAUACUACAAAAUUUAUUAUGAUCAAAUUAGAGAGUAUAUUUCUAAUUUGUAGGAUUCUCAAUAAAAAAAUUUUUAUAGCAGCCUCAUUAUGAAGUCUCUUCAUAAACAGCAUUUCAAUAUCAAAAAAAUGCACGAGUUAUUCUACUAAGCCAAACUAAGUGAACUUUGGUUUAAGCUUAAAGACUAUAUAACUCAAAUAGAUAACUUUAUCCUGUAUUAUAGUUAUGAUGAAAACAAAUACACUAUUUACAGGUUUUGGGUUUUAAUCGAAGCUAAUGGGCUUGAUCCAAUUUAAGAAUACGUAAGAAGCAUAGAAGAAUACAUAGUCAUGCACAGUCCUAGUGAUGAAGAUCUUUUUAAAAUCUUCUUUUAGAUUAGUCUCUUUUUCUAUGAAUUCAAUGAAUUUGAGGCUUACCAUACUCCAGAAUUUAGGCAUCCUAUCAUAAAAGGCAACUUUAUUCUUGAAGAAUUAGGAAUGCUUGUCGAAAUGAAAAAACUCAAAAUGGUUAGUGAUAAUGAGGAAAACUAAAAUGAUUUUGAAAUAAAAGCAGAACCAUAUAGCUUAGAGGGAUUGAAUGUGGACAUUCCAAAAAGUAGAGAACUGGCUAAACAGAAAUUAUUUAAUUUAGCUUUCGAGCUGCUAAGUGAUAACUCCAAAGAAAAAAUAAGCAGAUACAUCACUCCUGAUCAAUUAGAGUAGUAUAUAUAACCUGAAAUAUCAAGAGUUUAUAAUAUUCAAGGCAUCAAAAAGUUAAUUGAGUUGAUUAAAGAACUUCUAAAAAACUAUGCUCAAAAACAAACUAAAAAAGAAACAUCUAAAACUUUAUUUUCAUCAAGUCGCUCUCUUAAACCUUCCUAGUCUAGCUAAUACUACUAUAAGAGAUGGCUUUGGGUUUAUUUCACUAUAGCAAGCAUGAAUAACAAAAUCAGCUACUCAGAUUUAAUGAGCGUAUUUAGUAAGUAUCAAUUUAAUGCAGAAGCUGAUGAUCUUGAAAAGAAAUACAGAGAUGAAGCUUUGUAAGUAAUUUUAAACAUGAAGCAAAAGAUGCUAGAUAAUUGUAGUUCUUAAAAGAAAACACAAGCAAGCACUUUUUAUAAAAGUUCUUAGCUAUAAACGAAUACUAAAAGCAUUUUUUAGAAAUAAUAAACAAAUAUGUUACAAAAUACACAAACUUUGUAGCAAAAUUCAGUUUAGUCUCAAAAUUUAUUUGCUUAAAACUCUUAAUUUCCUCAAAAUAGCACUUUCUUAAACCAAACUCAAAACGCUGAUAAUACUUUGACUCAGCCAUCUCUCUCUACAAAAAAUACAACAUUCCAAGAAAACUUUUCAAUCAAGGUAGUUUAAUAUCCUAAUAACUCUCAGAAAAUACAAACUGAGCCUAAUUUGACAGCCUCACAAACAACUACUUCAAACUUUUUCAAUAGUUCAAAAUUAAGAACAAAUUAUCAAUAGUUUGGAAAGACAAUUGGGAGAAGUCUUUCGCCCCAUGCUUAAUCAUCAAAUAAAAAUGUGGUUUUUAUGGAGACUUCCAUUUUUGAAAGUGAAUUAAAAAGUGAUUCAUCUUUCUCUUCUUAAGUUUUGUAAAAAAAUAAUAUCAACUAAGACUCCCAGUUCAAAAGACAAUAGAGUAUGAAGAAAAAUGCUUUGCAGAUAACUACUCAAUAAUUUAAUAUCAAAAGAUAAAUGACUUUGGAAAAGCUCUAAAAGAGCGAAAAUGACCUUGGCUCCAUACUAGAAUAGCCUCCUUCUGUUAAGUUAUUGCCAAUAUUAAAAAAAAGUACAAUGCUUUAAAACGAGCAAAGUCCAGAUCCAUAAGACAAAACAAAUUAAAACUAAUCUCUGAUAAAUUAAAAAUCAAUUACAACUAAAUCCUUCUUCAAAAGUAAAUCUCCUGAGAGAACUAAUCUUCAGUCUCUAUAAGAAUCAAUCAGCAAAGCUAUAAUAGCAACUGUGAAAUAAACUGAAAACAAAGAUAUAAUUAUUCUUCCCAAACUUAAGGAAUAGCUGAACAUUUCAACCGAUAAAGAAUUGGAGUUUCUUUAAAAACAAAACUAGCUUAUGCAAAAAGAGUAUGACUCUCUGGUUUAUGAAAAUAUGAAUUUAGCAAAAUAGUUGAAGGUGAUAUAAAAAAUGGAUGCUAACUACCCGAACAGUAAUUUAAUUGAAGAAAGUAAAGACAGUUUAUAGAAAAUGCAGGAGAGAAUAGAAAAAAUGACAGAAAGACUUAAUGAAAAUUAGUCUCAGUGUGCCAGAAUUAACAACAUCAUUAGCAUUUGUUACAGAAACAAAAUAACAAAUGCAGAAAACCUAAAUAUCUUUAAUUCUCAGCUUUAGAAUCUCACCAAAAUGGAAAACUAUGAAAGAGACUUAGCCAAAGAUAUACAAGAUAGGAAUGCUAACUUUGUAAGAAUGAAUCAUGAAUGUUUAAAAAUACUGCAAGAAAGAAUACACAACCAUGAAUCGAUCAUUAUAUAAAUUAAAAAUAGCUUUCAGAUGAAAAGCAAAAUAAAUGAUAUGAUGGAUAAAGCUGAUUAGGUUAUAAAAAAUGAAGACGAUAAUCAUAGCUUGCACAAUAAAUUGGAAAUGUAGUCUUUCAAGGAUAAAUAGCUUAAAAUAACUACAAUUCAGAAAAAGAUCAAUUAAAAAAUAUAGUAAUUGUAGAAAGAAAUAGAUUAGAUUGAAGAAGCAAUUUAUCCUUUGAAAUUUGAUGACACAUUCUAUGAAAGUAAAUAGUAUAAAGUCUUUUUAGAAAAACAGGAAAAGAAAAAUAGACUGAAAUUUCUGAUUUCUACACAACUUGAAGAAAUAGAAUAGUUAAAAGUGCAGCUAUAAUGCUCAACAAAUCAAAUAAAUCUUCUUAAAAAAGCUCUUGGGGAAAACAAAAAAUUUUAAUACGCUUAAUAAGCAAGUAACAAUUAAGAUUAUGAGCAAGAUGAAGCAGAAAACGAGACAAUUAAAUUAGAAGACAGACCUAUUUAUGAACUAAAAUAACUAAAAGAUCAAUUGGCAGAAUAACUUUAAAUUGAUCUUAAGCAAAACAGAAUUUAUCAAAGCUCAAUGCUUUUAUGCUUGCUUAGUCUCAAUAAUAGCUACAAAACAAGUGGAAUUUUAAGAAAUUACGGUGCUGGUUCUAUUAAACUGCCUUCUCAUUUUAGUUUUACUGAACUUACAAAAGAUCUCAUAGAAAAAGAUAAGUUCAUAAAAGCCCAUCUGUCACCUGAAUAGUAUGAAUAAUAUAUUCUUGGAAAAAUAGAUGUGCAAGAUAUAUGA